CAAGGACGUCUUUUUUGAAUUUUUUUGCACAAGCAGCUGAAAGGGCACUGUUUCCGCACCGCUGUAGUGACAAAUUAAACUAGCCAGCCAUCUACGUCUUUUUGUAUAAAUAAUUGAUAUUCCUCAACAGCUACUUAUUUUUCUUUUAUUGUUUUCGGGGGAAACUAUGUCAAGUCGGAGGAGUGAAGCCCUGGCUUUCUCGCUAGUGACGGGUAUAAACCAUGCCAUGGCCAGGCUGGUGGACAUCUGGGACAGCAUGGGCAUCAUGGAGGAGCAGAGGGUGGAGCGAAUGGAGACAGUGAAGAAACACAUUGAGGGCCUUUUGAAUGACAUGAUCACCGAGGAGGAAGCCUUGAGGCACCGCAUCCGGGCCAAUAUCAUCACUUUUCAAAAACAGCUGGAUACCUUGUGCCUGGAAAUGUCAAUGGAUCCAUACAAAAUGGAGGAGGGCCUGACAGUCCUCCAGAUUGAGAAGAACCUGCGUCUGCGUGUGGAGGUUCUGACCAAGGAGAAGGGGGAGCGUUUGAAGGAGCUACACAGACUGCAGCAGCAGGAUAAGGAACUGUGUGUGGAGCUGUGCGUCACUCCCUAUUACAUCCCCACUGGCAGCAUGCCAUCUCGCACGCAGCUACAGGAACUCCGGGAGCACAUCCAGACCCUCAGUGAGGAAAAGAAGAGUCGUGCAAAGGUGUUCUCAGGUCUGCGUGAGGACAUCAGGAAGCUGAUGGAGGAGAUGGGUCAUGAACCAGAGACUAGCCUGGAGAAAGAGUCUGUGGGCCACGAUGAGGAUAUAUUCCUGCUCACUCAUGAAAAUAUCAAAGCCCUCAAACUGCUGCUGUCCCAGAUGGAGGUCAAGAAGGAAUCAUUGACAAAUACUCUAGCUGAGCUGAAAGAACGAUCCAUGUGCCUGUGGAAUCGUCUGGAUGCGCUGGAGCAAAACUGCAGUGUGUUCCAAGAGAGUGUGCAGGGUACCCUCUCUGACCAAAUCACACAGUGGCAGGGGGAGGUGGACCGUCUGACAGACCUGCAGAAGACCAGGCUGGGGGAUGUGAUUGAAAAGGUCAGACAGGAACUAGUAACCUUCUGGGACAAGUGCAACCUGGGCCGUGAGCAGAGGGAACCCUUCAAUGCCCACUUCUGUGACAAUAACUUCACAGAGGAGUUGUUGGCGCUGCAUGAUGCUGCGCUAUUGAAGGUGAAGAAUUAUUACGACCAGGUAAAGCCCUUACUGGAGGCCCUGCAGAGAUGGGAGAAGUACUGGGCCCUCUUCCAGGAUUUUGAGAAAAAGGCCAAUGAUCCAAACCGUUUCUCCAACAGAGGAGGAGCCCUUCUUAAAGAGGCCAAAGAGAAGGUCAAAGUUCAAAAGAUGCUGCCAAAGUUGGAGGAAGAACUGAAGAAGGGGGUUGAAGCCUGGGAGAAGGACCAGGGUUCUGCCUUCCUGGUUCAGGGCCGGAGAGUCAUGACCUACAUCUCUAGCCAAUGGGAGGAGUACAAGCAGCAGAGGGACAAGGAGAAAAGUGAACGUGCUGCCUUGCAGACAUCAAAGAAGGGGGAGAUAACGACUCCAUUCAAAACUCCCACUAAGAGGGCCCAUGGAGGGAUAAAUGGCCCUACCCCCAACAAGAUCAGAAAGCCCUUCUUUCAGAAGACUCCUAGCCAGGUUACCAGGGUGCGGUCAGCCAACACCUUCAUAAGUGUGCCCAGCAGCAAGCCUCCUCUCUCCCAGGUUCAGAUGCAGAAAAUUAGGCCCCUGGAGAGCAGCAGCAGUCAGAGAACGCCCCUGCUGGAGUGCAACAGUACAGAGAGGAAACAACCUGUUGACAUCAGCUACCUUGACUUCACUAGUGCGUUGUCCAAAAAGUCAAGUGAUGCAGUUUUCAAUUCCACAGCAAAGGACCCCGUGUUUUAAGAGGUGCGUGCACAGUUCACUCCUCAGAGGUUGUGUUCUGUCCACUUGGCACUCUUCUCCUGGCUACACGGCCAGUGUUUUAAUAAAAUUGGUUAGAUUUCAAAGUAACAGCAACACCAAUUAGCUCAAAUUAGUUACAUGAAAGACUUGCCGUGGCUACACGUGUCUUGAUGCAACUAAUUUGAGCUAAUGUUUUCCAGUGAUUAAUAUUCUGCUGUCCAGGGCAGGUAUUUCACGAGUUUGAUACUUUUUUAAAGGUAGAGCCCCUUAGAUGUUAGACAUGCAGUACUUUAAUAUUCAUUUGAAAUGUUUUACUUUAUAAUAAAUGGCCAGGUAACACCAGAGGAAGCAUCCUGUUUUGAUGCAGAUCUACAUGCUACUCUUUUUUUUAUUUUUUUUAAUUUUUAUAAAUAUUUCUGUUUGUAAAUAUUGCUUUCUUGUAAUGCUACUUCUCAUUUGUUUAUUCUGCACACACACUGUCUUGGCAAUGUGUUUUGUCCUUGUGUCAACAUGUGAAUUUUACUGUUUCUUGUAUACCUAUUAAUAAAUAUGUCACCGGUCUUUUAA